GGGAUCUGAUGAUGAUCGUGGAAUACUGCCCCUUCGGGAGUCUGCAGAAGUAUCUGAGGGCAAAUGAAUCGCACUUCAUCGAUCAGAGAAACCCUCCCAUCAAAACGCUCAACGACAACACCUGGAGACAGCGGCAUCACACCUAUGAUUCUGAAGAUGCUAAACUCAAAGCUAAGAGAGAGGGAAUACAAGGUGAGAGUGAUUCAAAAAAGCCUGCGCUGAAGGGCAACACCAGUCAUAAGUCCUUAGAAGGAUGCGAUCGCUCAAGACAAUUCACGACUAGCAGCCUCGUCUCUUGGGUCUACCAGAUAGCUAAAGGCAUGGAAUACUUGGGUUCCCGAAAGGUGGUCCAUAGGGACCUGGCCACGAGAAACAUUCUACUUGCAGAAGAAAACAUCGUGAAAAUUUGCGACUUUGGCCUUGCCAGAGACAUUUAUAAGGACAGUCAGUACAUCAAGAAGGAGGAUGGUCCAUUGCCGAUAAAAUGGAUGGCCUUGGAGUCCCUCACACAGGACAUGGUUUACACGAGCAAAUCGGAUGUUUGGGCGUAUGGAAUUACACUCUGGGAAAUGUUCAGCCUUGGGAAGACACCAUAUCCUGGAAUGAACGGCGCAGAGCUCGUCCGGCUUCUCCAGACGGGCUACCGCAUGGAGGCACCUCGGUUCGCCGAUCAUCAUAUCCUUGGGAAGACACCAUAUCCUGGAAUGAACGGCGCAGAGCUCGUCCGGCUUCUCCAGACGGGCUACCGCAUGGAGGCACCUCGGUUCGCCGAUCAUCAUAUG